AUGAUCGAUCCUCUGUAGAUCGAUUCAAGAUCGACCAAUCCUAGUCGGAAAAGUACGAAAAAUUACCUACUGAAUUCAUGUGAAAUAGUUCGUAAGUUGUGUGAGCUAAAUGGAGGAAUUCAGCCAAAUAACAGGAUUCACUCCAACAAUAAAGGUAGAAGAGUUAAUAAUAUCCGAUGUGACUACGGAAGGGGAAACACCGCUCACUAGCAGCGAUCAUUGUUCUGGUGAACCGAUUGCAACGAACGCCCUGAGAAAAAAUUCAACUGAUGUGAAACAAGAACCUGCUAAGGACAUCAACAAUGAAGUUAAAGCUGCAGCAGUUUGUGAUGAAAAUGCAACUACUAUAUCCAGUAAAUUGAAUGAUUCGAAAAUACGGACUACCACUGUUGAUGAUCAACCACAGAAAAAAUACGCUUGUGAAUUCUGCCACAUGGAACUGAAAACAAAAUACAACUUGGCGAAUCACCGAAGAAUUCACACCGGAGAACGACCUUAUUCAUGUGAUCUUUGCAGCAAAACAUUCCGCACAGCUGUAGGUUUAAACUACCAUAAGAAUGCUCAUACGGGAGUCCACAACUUCGAGUGUGACAUUUGCAAGAAACGUUUUAUCGUAAAAGCGAAUCUAUCGGCUCACAUGAGAAUACAUCGCACAGAUUGCGCUCAUAUAUGUCCGAUUUGCGAUAAAAAAUUCGCAAGUAAUUGCCACCUCGUUGAACAUAUGCGCACUCACAGCGAUGCGCGACCCUUCAAAUGCGAAAUUUGUGAUGUGUCGUAUAAGAGAUAUCUUCCUCUAGAAGUUCACAUGAAGAUCCACAAGGACGAUCCUUUUCCAGGCAAGGCAAAAAGUUUAGAUAACAACCACAGCGAUGGUUUAGCGAAAUACACCUGCGACAUAUGCGGCAAACAGUACCAACAAAUACAAUCACUUCACUUACACAUGAAGCUUCAUCAGAGCACCACUGUAAAAUCUGAGCCUCUAAUUCAAAACAAAAAGCAGUACGAGUGUACGAUUUGCGGAAAAGGAAAUCCAAAUAGAGCUUUGCUCAUAAGACAUAUGUAUUGUCACACUGACGAACGGCCUUUUAAUUGCGAUAUUUGCGGUUCAUCAUACAAGUCAGCUAUUGACGUGAAAGUUCAUAAGAAACGGCACACCACCGAGCGACCGUAUGAAUGCGAAAUCUGCGGAAAACGGUUUCUCGUUCCUUCCAGACUCACGCGGCACUUGUUCAGCCAUACUGAUGAACGGCCAUUCGAAUGCAAUAUUUGCGGUCUAGCAUUGAGGUCCGAAGCUAAUCUACGAAGCCAUAAGCUAACGCAUAAUUUCAAUCGUGUAAGCUUCACAUCCGAGCAAAAUUUUGUAACACAUGGUACUGAUCACUCUGAAGAACAACUUUUUAAUUGCGAUAUUUGCGGUUCCUCGUACGAAAAAGCUAUAAAUUUGAGGAAACAUAAGGAAAAGCACCUCUUAGAGAACCCGCAUAAAUGCGAAAUUUGCGGGAGACGAUUUCGAUAUCCGUACAGGCUAAGGCAGCACAUGCUUAGCCAUUCAAAUGAACGGUCUUUUAAAUGCAAUAGUUGCAGCUCAUCGUACAAAUCGGUUUAUAAUCUGCGAGCUCAUGAAAAAACGCACAAUUUGGAGUGCGUUAACAAAUGUGAUAUUUGCAUUUUUUCAUACAAAACAUUGACUUCGUUGAGAGUGCAUGAGAAAACGCAAAAGCACCUCAGACGAGCCCAAAUGAAUCACAAAUAAAAAUUGAUAAGCUGAUAUUCUAGGAGGUUAAGGUUUGGCAAACUUCGCCUUCGUACCAAGUACACCAUGUACACCACGCUCAUAAGACCGGGCACGAGACAUGGACAAUGCUCGAGAAGGACUUGCACGCACUAGCCGUUUUCGACCGUAGAUGACAAAUGGUCAAACAUAACGUCCAUCUCCUGGCACUUUUCUAACUAGCAUUGCACCUUCAUUUCCAUUUCGAAAGCCGUUGAACCUUUUGCUCACAUUCAGAAGCAAAAGGAGUGAAUUCAUGUAAUAGUGAUAUCACAGACAGACGUCCAAGUAAGAACAAAAUUGAUCGAAAAUUCCGUGUAAAUUUUCAAAGAGAAUUGCGUUAUAAAUCACUUUUAUACUAGCGCCAGCUGGUGAGCUUAUCGCUACAAUAAAUUUUUUUUCGCUGGUGUAUGAGGCUGGCGUCACUGGUAGCGCUCUCUGGUUACGAAUUGCUACUACAAAAAUCUUUACACAAGUUUGGAACUCAGCUUGGACGUCUGUCUGCGGUUAUAGUUUAAUGAGUUUAAUAUGAGAAUGGGAGAAUAAAGUUUAAAAUUAGAAAGUUUUUUUUUAGAAAAUUG